CUACAUGUAGUUUUUACUAUCUUAUCUGUUUAUUUAAUUCUUUUUAGGGUUUAACUCGAGUGCCAGAAGGCAUUAUUUUUAAGCAAAUAUGGCUAAACUGUGCCGUUUAUUUGAUUGAUAAAACUGAAAUAUUCCUAAACGCAGUGACCAAAUGUACUCAGUGUCACUCCCUGCUAUCGACCUGUAAAUAGUCUACUUUACACUUGGGUCAACGUCAUCCCCUAAUUUCUUAUGACGUUAUAUUUCUUAGACAUCCGAAACAACAUCAAACAUGGAAUCUAUUGAGGAAGACUUUCCGCGAGGAGGGAUAACAAAGAAGCCCACUGAGAGUAAAAUAGAGUUGGAGCGAACACAAGUGGACAAUCUCUUUCAGCCAAAUGAGCCAACAGAAACGAAGAAGAGAAAGGGGACCACGAAACAAGAUGGGAAAAAAAUCAAGAAGCAAAAGCCGAAUGACAAAAAAGGAGGCGACCUGACACUCAACGCUGCAGCCAAAUGUGUGGAAAUAUUGCAUAUAAAGAAUGUGAAAGAGGGAAUGCUGAUGCUGGGAUGCGUUAAAGAGGUGUCGGACUUUGAGGUGACGGUCAGCCUUCCCUGUGGCCUGCAGGGCUACCUGAGCAUCAGAAACAUCUGUGACUCUUACGCCAAGCUGCUCACCGAGCAGCUGGAUUCAGCUGACACCGAGGAAAUAUGCUCUCUGCCCCAUCUCUUCUCUCCCGGCAUGGUGAUCAGAUGUGCGGUUGCCAAGCUGGAUAUCACAAAGGGGGGCACACUUAGCAUCCAACUAUCGGUCAAUCCGAAACUGGUCAACAAGGGUCUCGGCUCCAGCUCUCUCAAAGCUGGAAUGGUGUUGAGUGGGUGCGUGGAGAGUGUAGAAGAUCAUGGCUACAUUAUUGACAUCGGUGUCAGUGGAACCAAAGCUUUUCUACCGCACGAGGUCCUGAAAACCAAACAAAAUAAAAAAGAAGAGCUGAGGGUGGGCCAGUAUGUGACCUCACUAAUACACGAGGUGAAGAACAAUGGACGAGUGGUCUACCUCUCUAAGAACCCGACCUCUAUCGCUCAGGCCUUUGCUGAAACCCAGCACGGGUGGAGCCUCACCAGCAUCCUACCCGGCCUCCUGAUUAAAGCUACCAUCACAAAGGUGACCAAACACGGUCUGCUUCUGGACUUCCUGUCGUCCUUCAGCAGCCAGGUGGACUUUCUCCACAUGGAGCCAGACCGGACAUCCAGCUACUCUGUGGGACUUGAGGUCCGCGCCCGUGCGCUGUACGUGGAGCCGUCCAGUCGCCUGGUGGGCCUCAGCCUGCGCGGCUACCUCCUCCAUCCAGGCUCCACCGUGGACCCGACUCCCGCCGGAGGCGACCGGAUCGGCGAGGUGGUGGACGGGUGCAAGAUGAAGGCCAUGCACCACAUGUCCGGGGCCAUGCUGGAACUGCCCGACAAAACGCCGGCUUUUGUCCACAGGAACCACCUGAAGGAGCCCAGCCAGACAGCCAAUGAAAACAGAGUAUAUGCAAAGCCCGCCCACACCUGCAGGAUCCUGGACUUCAGCCCGAUGGAGCAAAUGUAUUUUGCUACUUUACGAGCGAGUGUGAUUGAGAAGCGUUUCUACAGAUACCACGACCUCCAUGCCGGUCAGAUUGUUGAGGGCACUGUGUCGGUCCUCCACAGCCACGGGAUGGUGGUGCAUGUGUCGGACCACAUCAAAGGUCUGGUUCCCCGGACCCACCUCUCGGACAUCAUCCUCAACAACCCAGAGAAGAAAUACACCGAGGGCAUGAAGGUCAAAUGCCGGGUGCUGUCGGUGGAGCCCGAGAGCAAGAACCUGUACCUGUCCAGGAAGCAGGCCCUGGUGGACAGCGCGCUGCCGCUCUUCCUCAGCUACGCCGACGCCAGGCCCGGCCGCGUCUCCCACGGCUACAUCGUCUGCAUCAAGGACUUCGGCUGCAUCGUGCGCUUCUACAACGGCGUCAGGGGCCUGGUGCCGCGCGGCGAGCUCAGCUCCGAGCCCGUCGACCGCCCCGAGGAGGUCUUCUACGUGGGCCAGGUGCUGAAGACCAAAGUGCUCCAGUGCGACCUGGAGAAGGAGAAGAUGGUGCUGUCCUUCAAGGCAGCGGCAGAGGGAGAGACGGAGGAGGCCGGCUUGCGUCGGCUCGAGUUCGAAGUGGGAAAGAGGCUGGAGGCCAAAGUGGUGAAGAAGUCGGUCAGCGGUCUGGAGGUGGCCAUCCUGCCCGACGAGGUCCGCGCCGCGCUGCCCACCGCGCACCUCUCCGACCACGUGUCCAACGGCCCGCUGCUGUGGGAGGGCCUGCAGGAGGGAGACGUCAUCUCCAACCUCAUCUGCGUCAACAGGAGCAAGCACAGCGUCACCAUCUCCAAGAAGCCGACCCUCAGGUGGUCCCUGGAGGAGGGGGUCGUCGCCAAGGAUUUCUCAGAGAUCACCGUGGGCAUGCAGCUGAUUGGCUGGGUGAAGAACAUCAUGUCCUACGGCGUCUUCGUGGAGUUCCCGUACGGCCUCGUCGGCCUCUCGCCCAAGUCGGCCAUGACGGACAGGUUCCUCGGCGACACGGCGGCCGCCUUCCAGCCGGGCCAGACCGUCUUCGCCAAAGUCACCAACCUGGACGAGGAGAAGCGGCGGUUCCUGGUCACGCUGAAGAUCUCCGAGGUCAUCUCCCCCGAGGGCGACGUCCAGACCCGGCUCAUCAACGGCCUGCAGGAGAGGAGAUCGGUGGCCCAGAUGCUGGCCCUGAGAGACGACGGGGGCCUCGGCCAGCAGUUGGCCGCUCUGUCCGUCGGGCAAAAGCUGAAGCUGACGGUGGACUCCGCGCAGGACAGCGGCGCCACUUUUAAAUCGGACGAUUUGGGCGGGGCCAGCAUUCUCGCCACCAAGUACCACAUAAUGGGCGUUAAGCUGACUCCGGGACAGAAGGUCACUGCCGUCGUCCUUCAUGUGGACAUCCUCUCGGCCUGUGUCCAUGUUUCCAUCCUCCCAAAGCUGGUGGGGAAGAAGAAAUCUCUGACCGAGGGAUCUAAGUACUCGUCGAUGGUGCAGCACGUGGACAAAGACUUUGCCGUGGUCUCGCUGAGCGACACGGCCCAGGUGACCCUGAUCCAGACCAGCGGCCACCUGAACGAGAUCAGCCUGUUCGAGUCGGACAGGCUGAAGGCCGGCAUGACGCUGGCGGUGGAGGUGGUGGAGCCCAGCUGCCCGCAGCUGGACGGGCUCCCCCUGGUUCACUGGGAGCGUGGCGGCCCCUGGCGCCAGCGCGCCGCCUCCGAGGGCCCCGGGGACUCCGGGGGCCACCGCUUCGGGGACACCGUGCGGGGCAAGGUGCGCUCGGUGAAGCCCACCUGCGUCCAGGUGACGCUGGAGGGCGGCGGCACGGCCAGCGUGCACGUGUCCGAGGUGCUGGAGGCCGCCGACGUGCAGCUGGGCUCCUUCCCCACGUCCACGGUCAAAGUGGGCAGCAUGGUCACCGGCAGGGUCAUCGGAGGGCGGGAGGCCUCCAGCCACAGGUUUCUGCCUUUCUCCCACCCCAGGUUCACCUACAACAUUCCCGAGCUCACUCUCAUACCAAGCAAACUGGACGACAGUGUCUCCUUAAAGCAAGUUUCAGCAAAAGAAAAAAUGAACAGCUACAAAGUCGGGGAGGAAGUUACGUGCUUUGUAUCAAAGUUUAUUUCAGACAAGAAGUCUUUGGAGGUCACCACAGACCCUUGUGUCACCGGCACCGUGGAGCUGCUCGCCAUGAUCACAGACGCCAAAGAUGCCGCUCACCCCGAGAAGCUGUACAAGCUGGGCCAGGCUGUCCGCGCCACGGUGGUGGAAGUCAGCAUCAAACCCCGGCGCUUUGCGCUCUCCCUCACAGGCGACCACAAGCUGGAGAAAGGCAGCACCGCUUUGGGGAAAGUGACCAACAAGCAGCCCCACAUCGGCCUCCAGGUCCGGCUCCCCUUCGGAGGCCAGGGCGUGGUGUCCGUGGCUGACCUCUCCGACGCCUACAGGCCCAACCCCCUCGAGCCGUACAGCAAAGACCAGCUCCUCAGGUGCUACCUUCUGGACAACGAAAAAGGAAAGUGGCAGUUGUCUCUGCGUCAAUCGAGAUUGAACCCCGAGAAGGCCAAGCCAGUCAAAGACCCCGAAGUGCUGUCUUUAGACCAGCUGGAGGCGGGACAGAUCAUCAGAGGCUACGUCAAGUCUGUGGGAGAGCAGGGAGUCUUCAUCAGAUUGUCAAGAAACAUCACCGGAAGAGCCGAACUUCAGCAGUCCACCAAAUACUUUGUUAGAAACCACAAGGUCUUCUCUGAGCACCUGCCCCUCAACACCCUCCUCACCACCAAAAUCCUCAGCAUCGAUAAGGGAGGGGGAGUUUGUCAACCUCUCGCUGCUCCCGGAGGACACCGGCAAGCCCGACGUCCUCCCGCAGGCCCUCGGCCUGCCGCUCCGCCUCACCGGAGAGGAGAAGAAGAAGCACGACCUGAAAAAGAAGCGCCGGCUCGCCGAGAGCGCGCAGGAACAAGCAGAAUCUGAAGUCCCGAAGAAGAAGAAGAAAAGAGAUAAAAAGAAAGGAAAGGCCGACGGCAACGACAGCGGGGUGGAGGUGUACUUCAGAGAGGAGGAGGAGGACGAAGAAAAACCCGACCUCACUAAAGUGUGUGCCGGCUCGGCGGAGCCCUCCAGGCUGCAGGUGUCUGCCGGCUUCUCCUGGGACGCCAGCCUGAGCUCCCUGAAGCCUUCCUCCGCACAGGAGGGCGACCCCAGCGACGGGGAAGAUCCAGAAGAAAACGCCAAGGCCCCGAAGAAGUCCCGGCAUGAGCUGGCGCAGGAGAAGGCGGCGGCCGAGAAGGCGCUGACGCGGCGCGAGGCGGAGCUGAUGGACCCCGGCCUGCAGCCCCAGGACGCGGCCGCCUUCGAGCGCCUGCUGCUGGCCUCGCCCGACAGCUCCCUGCUCUGGCUGCAGUACAUGGCCCACCACCUGCAGGCCACGCAGAUCGAGCAGGCCCGCGCCGUGGCCGAGAGGGCCCUCAAGACCAUCUCUUUCAGGGAGGACCAGGAAAAGCUGAACGUGUGGGUGGCCCUGCUGAACCUGGAGAACAUGUACGGCACGGAGGACAGCCUGAAAAAGGUGUUUGAGCGAGCCUUGCAGUUCUGCGAGCCGCUGCCCGUCUACCAGCAGCUGGCCGACAUCUACGCCAAGUCCAACAAAGUCAAGGAGGCGGAUGGUCUGUAUAAGACCAUGACCAAGCGGUUCCGGCAGCACCGGGCGGCCUGGCUGGGCUACGGGACGUUCCUGCUGCAGCAGGGCCAGAGCGAGGACGCCUCCGCGCUGCUGCAGAGGGCGCUGAGGAGUCUGCCCGCCAAAGAGAGCGUGGACGUGAUCGCCAAGUUCGCUCAGCUGGAGUUCCGCUACGGCGACGCGGAGAAGGGCCGCAGCAUGCUGGACAAAGUCCUGACCAGCUACCCCAAACGCACCGACCUGUGGUCCGUCUUCAUCGACCUGACGGUCAAACACGGGUCGCAGAGCGACGUCAGGGCGCUCUUUGAUCGAGUGAUCCACCUCAGCGUUUCGGUGAAAAAGAUUAAGUUCUUCUUCAAGCGUUACCUGGACUACGAGAAGAAGCACGGCACCCCUCAGAGCAUCCGGGCGGUCAAAGAAAAGGCCAUUGAGUUUGUGGAGGCUAAAGGCACCGAGGCGGCAAAUUAAAGAGCCCGAACCAUGCAAAUGCAUGCAAACUCGAGUUGGCGUGGGACACAUCUGGAGCUCCCCCUCAAAAUAAUUAACUUUUCUUUUUUUUUAAUCUUAUCAUUGUGAACGGAUGAAACUGAGAGUCCUCUAAUGAUGCACAGCAAACCUAUAAAGUGAGAUGUGAUAGCCUCUAAAUGUUAAAAACAACCACCUGUUAACAUUUCAUGGACUGUCAUUUUUAACUGUUUUGUAUAAUAGUGUGUGGGGGCACGAUUACUUUAUUCCGUUGAAGAUUUAUUAAACAUUUUUUUGCGAAAAUGACUCAACUGUAAGACCAUUACAAUACAUUACAUGACACUUUAUUUAAAAUACAAAAUAA